AUGGGCCGCGGCUCCGGCAGCGCGGAGCUGGCCAUGGCCGCACCGCCCGCCCGCUGCCCCGACUGCCCGCGGCCGGAGCGGGGGGGCGGCGGCGCGACCCCCGCCGUGCCACACCUCGCCAUUGCGGUGGACGAGGGGGACGUGCUGCCCGGGGCGCUGCGGAUCGUGCGGCGCCUCAGACCCGCCUGGGACCCGGCCACGGUGAAGACCAAGCUCUUCACCGACGGCAUCACCAACAAGCUGGUGGCCUGCUACACGGACGAGGGCAUGGGGGACGCGCUGCUGGUGCGGGUGUACGGCAGGAAAACCGAGCUGCUGGUGGACAGGGAGACGGAGCUGAGGAACUUCCAGGUGCUGCGAGCCCACGGAUGCGCCCCCGACCUCUACUGCGCCUUCCAGAACGGGCUCUGCUACCAAUUCCUGCCGGGAAUCGCGCUGGGACCGGACCAUGUGAGGGAUCCUCACGUCUUCAGGCUGGUGGCGCGGGAGAUGGCCCGAGUCCACGCCAUCCACGCCAACGGGAGCCUCCCCAGGCCCAUCCUGUGGCAGAAGAUGCACAAAUACCUCAGCCUGGUGAAGACAGAGCUCAGCCCAAAGGUAUCCAACGCCAGCCUCCCGCGGGACGUGCCCAGCCCCGAGGUGCUGGAGCAGGAGCUGGCAUGGAUGGAGCAGACGUUGUCGCCGCUCGGGUCCCCCGUGGUGCUGUGCCACAACGACCUCCUGUGCAAGAACAUCAUCCUAGACAGGACACGAGAGCGCGUGCGCUUCAUCGACUACGAGUACACAGGGUACAACUACCAGGCCUUCGACAUCGGCAACCACUUCAACGAGUUCGCAGGUGUGAAGGAGGUGGAUUAUGGCCUCUACCCCAGCAGGGAGACGCAGCUGCAGUGGCUGCACUCCUACCUGCAGGCCUACAAGGAGCUCACCCAGGGCCACCCAGGUGACAGCCAGGUGUCCCAGGAGGAGCUGGAGACCCUCUACGUGCAAGUGAACAAGUUCUCCUUGGCGUCCCAUUUCUUCUGGGCCUGCUGGGGGCUGAUCCAGGAUAAAUAUUCCACCAUAGACUUUAAUUUCUUACGAUAUGCAAAGUUGAGGUUCAAACAGUACUUCAAGAUGAAGCCGGUGGUCACAGCCCUGCAGCUCCCCAAGUAGGGGCACCCUGAGCUCUCCUGUCCUGGCCGUGCCCUCGCGCCCCCUUCACCCCUUUGCCCAGGGGGACACGAGGAGCCCUGCCCGGCCACCCCCGUGCCAGGAGAGCCUGGCCACCCCCAAGAGUGGACCACGAGAUGCUGGAGAGGACCAGGGCCCUGGCGAGGCCCCAGCCCAUGCCAGGACGCCUCACCACCGCCUUAACGCCGAGCCCCGCUCGGCCCCGGUGCCCGGCAGGUCCGUGCCCGCUGGCACUGCUGCUGCUGCCUGGCACUGCCCCUUCCCCUGCUCUGGCCCUGAGGGGGACACGGGGUCACCCCAGAGCUGCCCCGCUUUGGUCACUUUGGCUGUCCCCUCCUGCCCUGAUGGGUGCCACCCCCAAAGCAGCGCUGUCCCAGGUCCCUGCUGGCCCCAGGGACAGGACCUUUGUCCCUUUGGGGUGGCAGCUGCUGGCAAAGGGGCAGUGCCAGCCGUGAGCCCCUGGCACCAGUGGGGUGCUGCUGGUGGGCACUGGGUGUCCCCACAGCUGCCCCUGCCUGUCCCCACUGUCCCCUUGGCUUGGUGGCUUCCCCCCUACCCUCAUCUCUGCCUUCAGGGUCUUCUGGGGACAUCCAGGGGGGUCUGUCCUGCCUGUCCCCACCCAUCCAGCUCCUGGCAGCAAUCAGGGCCCUGUGCCACCCCUGGCUGUGGGGACAAGGUGACAGUCCCUUCUCUGGGCACAGGGAUGUCCCCCAGGGCCCUGUGCCACCCCUGGCUUUGGGGACAAGGUGACAGUCCCUUCUCUGGGCACAGGGAUGUCCCCCAGGGCCCUAUGCCACCCCUGGCUGUGGGGACAAGGUGACUGUCCCUUCUCUGGGCACAGGGAUGUUCCCCAGGGCCCUGUGCCACCCCUGGCUGUGGGGACAAGGUGACAGUCCCUUCUCUGGGCACAGGGAUGUCCCCCAGGGCUGCUGGCACAUCCGUGUUUGUUUCAGUGGUAGCUGCAAUUUGGGGCUGGUGGAUCUGGGGUUCUGGGGGUGCUCCGGUCCCUUCUGUGCCCCGAGAUGUCCCCAUCCAACCCAGGCCCCCCACUCUCUGCUCCAAAAAAAGUCACUUUUAUUGUGCCAAGGGCCAGGGGGAGGAACGAUUGUAAACAGGGAUGUGAAAUAUACAGGUUAAGUUACUCGUCGUCUUAUUAACAAAAUAAAGCUCUAUCUAUAUUUACAAUCUUUUAAAAAACAGAACGAAACAAAACGACAAAAUUAAAAAGAAAAAGAAAUGGAAGAGAGACACAGGAAGAGCUGCAGCUGUGGGGAGGGGACACAUCUGCUUCCACAUCUGCAGCACAGCCUGGCCCAGCUCUGG